CGUGUCGCGCGACCGGAAGGGAACCCGGAAGCAACCUAGCGGCAAAAUUCCGGUUUCCUUGGCUACGCCAGAGAAAGGGAGGGUGAGAGAGAGCGAGCGAGCUAGAGGAGGCGAGCGAAGGGCUGGUCCCUCGUCUUGUGGUGGCGGCCGCGCUGUUUGAAGGGAUGGGACAGAACCGGGCCUAGCGGGGCAGCUGCCGCUAUGAGCGGAGCAGCAGCUGGGGGCGAGGGAAGGAGCGGCAACCGCCUGGCAGGCCGUUGGUCCGGCUGGAAACUGCUGGCUUUGGGCCUCCUCUCCGCUUCUUCGGUGUUGGCAGCAGCGCCGGCUGUGCAGGCGAUGAGCCGGGAGGAGAAGCGUCAUCUUGGAAAUCAAGUACAGGAAAUGUUUGAUCAUGCCUAUAGUAAUUACAUGGAACAUGCUUACCCAGCUGAUGAGCUCAUGCCUUUAACUUGCCGUGGAAGAAUUCGGGGUCAAGAGCCAAGUCGUGGAGAUGUGGAUGAUGCCUUGGGAAAGUUUUCACUGACACUAAUAGAUACUUUGGACACUCUUGUGGUGUUAAAUAAAACCAAAGAGUUUGAAGAUGCUGUUAAAAAAGUAAUUAGAGAUGUUAAUUUAGACAACGACAUUGUGGUAUCAGUGUUUGAAACAAACAUAAGAGUGCUUGGAGGUCUUUUAGGUGGGCACUCCGUAGCAAUCAUGCUGAAAGAGAAAGGUGAAGUCAUGCAGUGGUACAAUGGAGAACUUCUGCACAUGGCAAAACAGUUAGGCUACAAACUGUUGCCAGCUUUUAACACCACAAGUGGGCUCCCAUAUCCAAGAAUUAAUUUAAAAUUUGGUCUAAGAAGUCCAGAAGCCCGGACAGGAACAGAGACUGAAACUUGUACAGCUUGUGCAGGAACGUUGAUCUUAGAGUUUGCUGCUCUGAGUCGUUUCACAGGGGCAUCAAUAUUUGAGGAAUAUGCUCGGAAGGCCCUUGAUUUCCUUUGGGAGAAAAGGCAACGUAGCAGCAAUUUAGUAGGAGUUACUAUUAACAUUCAUACGGGUGACUGGGUCCGUAAAGAUAGCGGAGUUGGAGCAGGAAUAGAUUCGUAUUAUGAGUAUUUAUUAAAGGCCUAUGUCUUGCUUGGAGAUGACAGUUUUUUAGAAAGAUUUAACACCCAUUAUGAUGCCAUAAUGAGAUACAUCAGCCAGCCACCUCUUUUGCUUGAUGUGCACAUACACAAGCCAAUGCUCAAUGCUCGCACAUGGAUGGACUCACUACUAGCAUUUUUUCCUGGUUUGCAAGUACUGAAAGGUGAUAUUCGACCUGCUAUAGAAACUCAUGAAAUGCUAUAUCAGGUCAUAAAAAAGCAUAAUUUCCUUCCUGAGGCAUUUACAACAGACUUCCGGGUUCAUUGGGCUCAGCAUCCUUUACGGCCAGAAUUUGCAGAAAGCACAUAUUUCUUGUAUAAAGCUACCGGAGAUCCCUAUUAUUUAGAAGUAGGAAAAACUCUCAUUGAAAACUUAAAUAAAUAUGCACGAGUACCUUGUGGAUUUGCUGCUAUGAAGGAUGUUCGCACCGGAAGUCAUGAGGACAGGAUGGAUUCUUUCUUCCUAGCUGAAAUGUUCAAAUAUUUAUACCUGCUGUUUGCUGAUAAAGAAGACCUAACUUUUGAUAUUGAAGACUACAUUUUUACUACAGAGGCUCAUUUGCUACCUCUUUGGCUAUCUACUGCAAACCAAACAGCCCUGGUAAAAAAUAUUACUACAGAAUACAUGGAGCUGGAUGACAGUAAUUUUGAUUGGACUUGUCCUAACACCCAAAUACUGUUUCCCAAUGAUCCCAUGUAUGCUCAGAGUAUAAGGGAACCCCUGAAAAAUGUGGUGGACAAGAGCUGCCCUAGGAGUAUUUCAAGAAUGGAAGAGGGUUUAGGCAGUGGACCAAAGCCUCCGCUGAGAGCCAGGGAUUUCAUGGCCAGUAAUCCUGAACAUUUAGAGAUACUGAAAAAGAUGGGAGUCAGUUUGAUUCAUCUCAAAGAUGGACGAGUACAACUGGUGCAGCAUGCUAUCCAAGCAGCAAGUUCAUUAGAUGCUGAAGAUGGCUUACGGUUCAUGCAAGAAAUGAUUGAGUUAUCCAGCCAACAACAAAAAGAGCAGCAGUUACCUCCACGUGCAGUUCAAAUUAUUUCCCAUCCAUUCUUCGGCCGGGUAGUUUUGACAGCAGGACCUGCACAGUUUGGAAUGGAUCUGUCUAAGCACCAAUCUGGUACAAGAGGAUUUGUUGCAGUCAGUAAACCAUAUAAUGGAUGCUCUGAGAUUACCAAUCCAGAAGCACUGAUGGAAAAAAUUGCUCUGAUGCAAAGAGGGCAGUGCAUGUUUGCUGAAAAGGCCCGGAACAUCCAAAAAGCUGGGGCUAUAGGCGGCAUCGUUAUUGAUGAUAAUGAAGGAAGUAGCAGUGAUACAGCUCCCCUUUUUCAAAUGGCGGGUGAUGGCAAGAAUACAGACGAUAUCACUAUCCCCAUGCUGUUUCUUUUCAACAAAGAAGGAAAUAUUAUUCUUGAUGCCAUUCAGUCGUAUGAAGGUGUAGAAGUGCUGCUUUCAGAUAAAGCAAAAGACAGAGCAACUAUAUUUAAAGAUAAAACGAUUCCAAACUACAUUAUUGAUAGCAAUUUGGAAAUGGAAACCGUGGAUCAGAUGUCAUCUGAUAAUGAUUCCCAUAAUCAGAAAAUGGAAGACAUUUCAGCAGAUUUGAACUUGGUCUCUCAAGAAUCUGAAGGAGAAGCUGAUAUGAGCUCAUUUGCAGAAUCAGACAGCAACAGUGUUUCUCAAACAAACCAAGAUUCUUGUACUCCUGAAUUCCAGGAAACUAGCAGUAGCAGUCAAGCAUCAGAACAGGAUAAUCAUCCUGAGGAACAGUCAACGAUUGAGACAGAUUCCAGUCCCAGUAAUAACUGGAGUAAUAAAGACCAAUCUAUGGAAUCAAUAUUAGCUGAUUGGAAUGAAGACAUAGAAGCAUUUGAAAUGAUGGAAAAAGAUGAACUAUAACUUUAAAUACUUUGCUUGUGAACUUCACCAAGGAGAUAAUGGCCCUGAUAUCUGAAAUUCAAAAAGAAUUGUUCAGUAUUGUGACAAGCAGCCAGGUUUUUAUUGGCAAAAGCCAGCAUGUGUUAUAAUUUGAACUGGGUUUUUUUUUGUUUUGUUUACCUUGUUUUUAAAAAUGGGAAUGUGCAAUCGACCCAUUUGCAGAGUUCCUUUGCAUGGUGCUGUAAUACAGAAGGUUCAUUCAGGGAAUGAUAUGAAUCCUUCCUGUGUUUCAGAUUGUUGUGGGUUAGCUUAGCAUAGUCUUCGGGAGGCAAAGAAAUGACUGCAGUGGGAUUAAUGCACCAGUGAGACUGAAUGGCCAGCUGUAGCUUUACAUCUUGGCCUAUAAAGGCCAUGAAUGGCAGGUGUGACAAUGCUGUUUUUGAGAGUCAAUAUUGUAUCUCAAAGUCUUUUUGGAGACUUGGUGGAAAAUAGUUUGUUGUGCCUUUAUGAUGAAGGCGAAGCAGUGGGCAGCUGUGAUUGUUUUGUGCCACUUAAUGUAGUAAGCGUGCUGUACCUCCUUAUCACUUCUUCCAUUUUAUCACUUUGAAGAAUGACCAAUUCACUUGGAUGUUAUUCUUUUUCUUAAUUCAAGACAAGAUAGUUUAUAAACCAAAGACAAUGUGUUCUGUUAACAAAAAAUGAAGAAGAAAAACUGGAUAAUUCUUAAAGUUGUUUAUGCAUAAUAGGACAAAAGCGCUCUACACUCCCAUCACUUUGGUUUUGAAUGUUGUGCAUGAAAUGGCAAGUUCAAAAUGAGCCAAAUUUAGUAUCCUUCCCAGUCUCUGGAAAAGGUACGAAAUAUCUUGCAUUAGGAUUUAAUUUAUUUUGUUCUGCAUUUUUUUAUAAUUAAGUGGGCCUUACAUCAAAAUCAUCCUAUUCUGUGCGUAUCUUAAAAUUUGUGUGUUUUCCUUCUAUAAAAAGUGGUCAGUAUCUCAACAAGAAAUAAUGCAUCCUUAGCAUAAUAGAAAGCCAAGCAAAAACUAGUAUCAUGUGUGGGGUAUGCAAAACAUGUUGAAUUUGAAACCUUUUGACUUCAAAUUGGGUGGAUCUGUGCUUAUUGGAAUGCCUUCCUCAUCUAGGUUCAUAGCAGGUAUUUUAUGCUUUGCACUCCGAGCACUUCUGGAAAAGUCCUGUUCAAACUUGGAACAGAGCAGUUUGAACUCAGCAUGUUUUGAAUUCAGGACAUUUUGCAUGUCGUUAGUAUAGUUUUUUUUUUUUUUCAAUUGUAGCAGAAAUAUUUCACAGAAUCAUGUUUCACAGAUGUCUUAUGUUUAAAUUUAGUUUCCUUAAAAAAAAAAAAAAACAGUGUAGCAAACAAAGCAAAUAAGACUGCCUAACAUAAUUUCAUUUCCCCCCCCCAUUUUUUUUACUUUGAGGAAGCAAAAAGUCAAAUAAUUUGACACAGCCAUAUUGCACUGCGCCCUAUACUUGGCCUUUUCAUGUAUAGCUGACUUGUUGCAAAAAUUGACAAAGAUCGUAUGUUCAAAUGCAAUAUGUUGUAUGGGAAGGCUUGUCAUACUGCAAGUACGCUUACAUUGCAUCUCCCUGCAGGCUCCUUAGUACUGAAACCUGACUAUCCAAUAUUGCAUUGGAUAGCAGAUUUCUGGAGGGAACCAAUGGCUUCCCUCUAAUGCAGCAUUUUAUUUCCCCAUAGAACUGAGUGAUAAGAGUGGGUUUCUGUAUCAGGAAAAGGUCAACUGCAAUGGUAUGAGAGUUAAGACAGUUCUGCUUUAUAUUCUAAUUGAGCUGGGAACUGAAGAUGGAAUGAAUUAUUCUUUUGCUCUCGUGUGUCUGAGUUGUUUCUUGGUCACAAAAGAUUGAUACACAGUAAAUGAUUAAAACCACAUUGCGGUUAUGUAUGUACAGUAGGUAGGUAGGGCAAACUGCUGAAAGGUCCUCCUACAAAAAAUUUACAGUGUGUAAAGCAGCCUUUUAAAUGUACAGAUCAGAAUGUUUUUAGGAAUUUGAUACCUAGGUGAGACUUUUACAGGAAUUGGAUGCAAAUGGUUGUGAGUUUUAGUGAAUUAAUAAAACAAGUGUCCUUUAACUUUUUAAAAGUUUUUAUUUGCAUAUAAUGAACCCCAAAUUGUGUUUAGAUAUGAAGCUUGGUUUUUACGCACUAGGAAUCUCUAGGAGAAUCAGUACCGGAUUCUUUAAAGUGCCCUUUGAUAGUUUAGGGCCCUAUGGUAGAGAACGAGUUUUGAGCUGACAAAAUACAUAAAAAACACCUGGAAUGUAUUGCAUAUCCAGAAUAGGAACACCUUUAGUAAAAGGCUUUUAAAAUAUUUCUUCUGAUUUAGAAUAAUUUACCGAGCUGCUGUUUUCUUUAAUCCUGUAGCAGGACUUGCUCAUUUUAUUUCUGAUAAGAUCAUUUACUAGUAGUGUCUUCACAAAGCAUUUUGGACAGAUUCAUAUCUUUCUGCACAACAACCACUAAACUUUCACCACCUCUUGCAUUAACUAUUAAUUAAUGCAGCUCUUUAUUAAGAGUUUCCACACCUGCUGUUUCCUAUACAUACCAUGAAUGUUAGGUUACACCUGCCAUUAAAUAUCUGCAAAUGCUUUGAGUUUUUCUCAUUGAUUCAGGGAUUAUUGAAAUACUUGCUUGCCAUUAGAAAGGAGCAUCUGAAAGGUGGUAGUCUACCUCAGAUAUAGCUUGUCCUUUUUAUAUAUCUAGUUCUUCAUCACAGCCAUAAGCCUGCUCAACAUUAAAAAGGUUUACAUAUUAACUACAUUAACGGCUUUUUGGAGAGAAGUUACCUAAUUUAAGAUCUUCAUAUCAGCCUUUUUAGACUACCAUUCUGGCACGUUUUAUGAGAAGCACGAAAGUCAGCCACUUGCAUGCAUCUAACCUAAAGGGAAGUCAUGCAGAAGUUGGCAUAAUACUAGUUCAUCUCUCAUUGGGCUCUUCCUUAACCUGCUUGUUUUGUCUCCAUCUUUUUUCCCGUGUGGUUACUUAGUGCAGGUACAAAAGAGAUCCGAGGGAUGAUAUUAUACCCAACAGUCAGUAGAAUAAAGAGAGAACAUUCUAUGAAUGCAUACCAUACAUCCACAUUUUUGUAAGACUUUUUACCAGCCCAAUUUACAGCCAUAUAUUUUCUUAUGAUGUAAUUUAUGAAAAAGUCUAAAGGGGUGCUUGUUAACACUACUGUUGGAUUUUUCAGUCUGGCGAUUUUAAGCGUAUACAAUAUCCCUAAGGGCAAACGUGUACUGUGAUGUAAAAGUCUGAGUUCAAAGUGUACAUAAUCUUUGUAUAUAAAAUUGUCUACUUGAUUAUAAUUGCUGAUUGUAAAGAUUUAAUAAAACAUGUAAAUAUUCUGGUCAAAGUACUGGAAUGAAUUGUU